AUGCGGUUUGUUUUGUCUAUAUUAUCAAAAGAAUUAUAUGGAUCGCAUUGGAAAAAACCUAUAUUUCAAUCGAUUAAGAGAAAGUUGCAUUUUCUAUUUCGUUUAAAUAAUAAUAGUUUAUCAUGCUGUCGAAUUCCAUCUCGAUUUCAAUCAUCUGAAACAAAAGCAAACGAAAAUUUUUCAUCAAGUUAUUCCCAUAAAUUAAAUUGUGAUAUAUUUAUAUUAACUAAAGAUGGCACAUUACAAGUUCAUCGAGGUCCCUUUGAUCGUGCACAAAUAUGUCAGCAAUAUAGUCUUGAACCAAGAGAUUUACAAAAGAUUGAUACUGAUAUUAUUAUUAAUGUUCCAAUAAUUGAUGUACGUCAAAAUCGAUUUAUUUGUUUUUCAUUUCGAAGACUUCGAAGUUUAAUUCAAUUGGAUCGAAGCAUUUUUUUCGUACCAUCUGCUGAUAAAGUUCUUCGAGAACCUUCUGGAAUAAAAGGUGCUAUUCAUUGGGAACGUAUUGCUCAAGCUUAUCAUCGAAAUGUCAGAUAUAUCUAUGAACUUUAUAAUGAACGAUUUGUUACUGAUAAAUUGAACAAUCUUGAUUCAAUACCAUUUGAAUUUCGAAUUACGGAAAUAAAUUUAGAAACUGUUGCUCACCAAUUAAAAUUAAAAGCAAAUGAACUUUUAAAUGAAUUUCAAAAUGUUAGAGAACGGGCUUAUGAUCGUAUUACUCUUGGAAGUUUACGUGAACUUGCUUUACUCAAAGAAAAAGUUGAUAAAUAUAAACGAAAUGCCGAUCUUGCCCAUCAAGCUAUUGUUGAUGUUCUUGCUCAAGAUGAAGAUAUGAUUGGAAUGUAUGUUACUGAUAAUCGUAAACGAGACAUAUCUGAUCAUAUACAAGUUGAACUAUUACUUGAAGCAUGUACGAAAGAAAUGGCUGAAGUACGUCGUUCAAUAUCUGAUCUUUCUGAUUCAGUUCAUACACUUGAAAGUGCUACGGGCUUUAUGCUUGAUGCUGUUCGAAAUGAACUUCUUGCAUUUGAAAUUCGAAUAAAUAUAAUAACGAUGGGAUUUGGAAUCGGUGCUUUUAUUACAGGAAUAUAUGGAAUGAAUUUAUUCAAUGGUAUUGAACAAAAUCCAUAUGCUUUUUAUAUUAUUACUGGAUCAUCAUUUUUUUUUAUUAGUGGAAUUAUUAGCAUUGGUAUUAUGCGAUUAUUUCGAUAUAGAAAAGUUCGACUUCAUAGAUCGAAUAAAAUGAAUAUUUUUUGA